UCUCUCUCUCUCUCUCUCUGUCUGCAGACUGACAGAGGCUGUGUUCGAAGGAGCUCGUGCAUCACAUCAGUCCUGUCCUUUACUCAUUCGUCCUUCUCCAAAGCAGGCACGGAAAGCUGCCUUCAUGCCAAAAUGGGAUGUGGAAAUUCCUCCGCCACCAGCACGACAGCAGGAGGUCCAGCAGAAGCUGCCAAGGAUGUGACAGAAGAACCAUCACCAGAUGAUGAGAAGCGAAGGAACUAUGGAGGAGUGUAUGUAGGCCUUCCUGCUGAUCUGACCACAGUAGCUGCCAGCCAAUCAAAGUCCACACGUAAAGACUGAAAACAGAUCACAUGAACCGACAACGAACCCGAGCUCUGCAGUGGCUGAUUUACAACGGAUAUUAAGACGAUAUAUUCGACUUCAAGCUGUUUUUGGAACUGAAUCCAGAACUGGUCGGCACUUCGGAAUGACAUCACUGUGACGUCAUACCGGCUGGCGUACAGAAGGGUUCUAUUUGGAACACUGAGCAUUGUUGUGACUAUGAAUGUAGACUCUGUUGCCAUGGUGACCGGCGACCCCCCCGACCUCUCCCUCCACCAGGAGGACAUCCUGGUAUUUUGGAGUCACCAUGGCAGGGCAUUUCCUAAAUCUGGAGACCCAUCAGACCCAAUCAACUGGAGGUCUCUGCAAUAACAGACUUUACUGAAUCUAUUCUUUCACUCUUUAUGAAAUCUGAGAUCCGAAAAGGAUGAUGUAAAUAUUUUACACACAGUAAGCACGAAAUAUGUUUAGCACUAACAUGACUAGAGCUGUUGACAUGACUACUAAUUCAUAUAUAGACUGUAGUUUCUUUUACACUUUGAUAGUCACCUCACUAUUAAAAUUAAGGCAUAUAUUAAUAGCAUUUACUAAUCGAAGAGUUCUAUUUAUUCUAUUUCAGGUUAUUUGACCUGUGAUUGUACCAUUAACAUUUUUUUCUGACUAAUGUGAAUUCUGUAUAUGAUAUUAAAAAUAUGAGAUUUUAAGAAAUGAAA